CUUGAUAGUUACCGCACUCCUUCCUCUUCCACACUCUGCAGAUGGCAUAUACGGACCGUACUACAGACUUCAAAGAAAGCGUACAGAAAUGCCAAGCUGCUCUUCCAGACGCCGAAAGGCGAAGGUCUACAUCUGACAAACGUAAACAGAGUCGGGAACGGAAUCCUUUGGGUAAGGAGUACGUCUCUGAGGCGUACAAGAUUCUCAGUCAUAUCACGACUCUGACACGCAUGUUGUCCACCAUCCGAAAACCAUACCUAAACUUGGACUCACGGCGUGGCCCGCUUACUCGACAUACAUCCCGAACUUUGGAUUUCAGUGGUAGCGACGAGCAGUCAUGGUCGUCAAUACGCCAACUUUCCAAUGAAGAGCGGGACCAAAUUGACUUGCAAGCACGGCUCAUACUGUCUCGUUGUGCGGACAGAGUCAAAGAAAUGGAAGCCCUAGAAAAGCGACGCGCCGAGCUUGUUGCUAGCAAGAUUAAUCCACUAACCCGGUUCUUACCAGCGCGACUGCGACAAGACGAGUCGUCAAUCGUCUCAGAUUUCAUCGCUGCACAUCAUUCGAGCAUAACGUGGUAUCUGAACCGCCGUCUCGCUGAGGCUAGUCAAAGCCAAAAGGUUAUGCAGGAAGAGCGCGUGAAACGGGAGUUGGAACGUUCGCGGACGCUCGGUUCAGGUGCGGCAAAGGCGGCUUUGGGUAUCGGGAAUUCAGACUUUUCGGGCGCAGGGGGAAGCUCAGGAGGUGGAAGCUGGUUGGGCGGGGCGUCUUCCAGUAUCAUCGCGGCAACCAUUGGGACUGCUACGCCGCGUUCCGACACAACGCCAAGCUCUGUCGAUUCUGCACUUCCGAUGGAUGAUGACGAUGAUGAUAUUGAGCUGUCAGCCUCUCAGAUUCUCCAGUUCGAGAUGGAGAAUGCCAAUAUCUUGAGAGGUGUACAAGAUACACUGGAAUCGGUUCAGCAGGCUGAAUCGCGCCUUAUGGAUAUAAGUGCUCUUCAGAUGGAACUGGUCUCUCAUUUGACGCAGCAGACGGAGUUGACAGACCAGUUAUACGAGGAUGCAAUUGCUACGACAGGCAUGGUGGAAAAGGGAAAUGAUCAGUUGCGGGAAGCGAGGAGGCGGGCAAAGGACGGUAGAAUUUUCAUUCUUCUAUUCCUCAUAGGCGCAAGUCUUAGUCUAUUGUUCUUGCAUUAUUACUGAAGAAACAAUCAUACAGUAUACGAGAUACAGGUGCUCUAUCUGUGUUUAAACAGUUGCUAUACAGUUUAUGGUCCUUAGAUGCCAUGAAGAGAAGAAUCCGUUACACCUGGUCGUCUGC